UUAUUAACAACUUAUCGAUAUUCCAAUUAAAAACUAAUUAUAUUAAAAAAGAGAAACAUUUAUUAGAUUGACUAAUAUCAUAAAUUCAUAUUAUAAAAUACAUAAUAAACUAAAAUAGGGUGAGUUUGCUACAGUACGAUUACAAUUUACUAUAGAUAUCUAAAGCCUAUGUCCCGUUCGAAAUAUGUUUGUCUCAACAGUGCAGAUAAACGUCAGCCCUCUUGACGUUUGACUCGUUUUAACUAAGGUAAAAAAUAUAAUAAAAUGUUUUCAAUGUAGACGAGUUUUAUAUAAAAAGGAAACAUAGUGUUUCCGUGAGCUUAGUCUUCAAUAAAUCAUAUAUUUAAGUAUAUCUAAGUAAGAAAAUUGACAAAAGACCUAAUCAAAGAGGGUGAUCAAAGGAGCAAAAAUUAAACAAUAAUUAAUUAAAACAAAAAAAUUUAUAAUGGCACCGUCUUAUUUGGAAAUUAUUCUUGUGGGGUUUAUUUUAAUCCUUCCAUUUCUCUAUGAAACGAGCAGUACUUUUAGAUAUUACUUCAAAUUUUUGGUAUAUUAUGGAAUUGUCAUGGCCAACUCAAUUAUCUUGAUUCCUAUCAUGAUGUUUAGACCGGGGAAUGUAAAAAAUCUCUUAUUGGCUUCUUCCAUUUGUCAUAAUGUAAGCAAUUUACUUGGUUUGAGAUGGGAGCUGAAAGGCAGAGAAAAUUUAGAAAGAGAUCAAGCAUGUAUUGUUGUUGCUAAUCAUCAAAGUUCUUUAGAUAUUUUAGGAAUGUUUGAAAUAUGGCGUGUUAUGGAUAAAUGUACGGUCGUUGCAAAAAAAGAAUUAUUUUAUGCAUGGCCUUUUGGACUCGCUGCGUGGCUUUGCGGACUUAUUUUUAUUGAUAGAAUGAAUUCUGAAAAGGCUCGUGCUGUUCUAAAUACUGCUACUGAUAAGAUAAAAGAAAAGAAGAUCAAACUUUGGAUAUUUCCUGAAGGAACUAGACAUAAUACAGGAGAAAUUCAUCCAUUUAAAAAAGGAGCUUUUCAUGUUGCUGUUAAUUCACAACUUCCCAUUUUGCCAGUGGUAUUUUCAUCUUAUUACUUUUUAUCAAAGAAAGAUAAACGAUUUGAUUCAGGACGUAUUGUCAUCACGACUCUACCUGCAAUUGACACGAAAGGCCUAGGAACAGAGGAUGUUGAAGCUCUCAUGGAUAAAACUCGGAACGCAAUGUCUGAGGUAUUUUAUUCUAGUACUCGAGAAGUGCAGCGAUCACUCAACUUAUGUAAACAACACGUUAACUAGUCCCAAAAAACCAAAGACUUAUACAUGAUUUUAAAUUUAAUUUGAUAGUAUUCUAUUAAAAUAAUUAUGCUAAAUAGUCAUUUUUCCAUAUCCGAUCUGACUUGCUUGUCAACUUUAUAAGCUUAUUUAAUAAUUUAGGUUUUAUAAAAUUAUUAUUUAUUACCGUAACAAUAUUACUGAAGGCUGGUACAUGUCAUCCAAUAAUUAUUGUUUAGAAUUAUUUUUACGCAUUCCAGUUCUACAUUUAAUUUGAUUUUUUGUCAAUUCUUUUAAGAUUAUUAAUAUAUAGUUGUAAAUGUCAAUGUACUAUUUUUGUGAUUCUUUAAAAUAGAUAAUAAUACUAAUUUAAUUCAUAAAAAUUUUGAUUUAAAUUAGCUCAUAUUGUUUUCGUAACUUCUAGUCAUACAUAUAUUAUACUACUGAUGAUUGUCCAAAACUUUAUAACGACUUUUCAAUAAUAAACAUAAGAUAAUGAAACUUAUCAGACUCAAGUCAAUAAAUUUUUUAAUGUAACGUUUAUGAAAUUUAACACAAGAUUACAUAAAGAUAAAAUUUCCACUCAGGGAAAUAGACUCUGUAAACUUAGAUUUUAAUCCUUACCAAUUUUUUAAACAUUUACUAAUAAUAAUAUGUGAGCGAUAGGAGUAACUAUGUGUACAUCGAAAUAAAUGUUCAAUUUUUCUGUAUUUACGGAAUUCAAUGAAAGGAAUGAAAUAUAUUUCAUUGCACUUAAUUUUGUUAUCUGUUUUAUUAACAAAAAUGGUUACAAUACAUUCUUUCUAUCAUAAAA